GAAGCAGACGACAGCUUGUGCCUCUCUCUCCUUCUUUUUCUCUGCUGGCAGGUAGUAGAAAUAAAACCAUAAAUAAGUGGAACAGGGAGCCAGAGACAUGUCUGUCUUCAUUUGUUGCGGGAGAGAGAGGGGGGGAGAUAUGAGCACAGAUAUGAAGGAGAAAGUGCAUUUUUAAGGAGCUAGAACAGUCAGUAUAUGUUAUAGCUGUAUUUUUGAGUGACUGAUAAGGAGAUUUAACAGAGCACUUGGAUCAUCUGAUCACAAGCCGCAGUGUUUGACUGAGAUAAAGUGCAGCUGAGUGUAAACUAAGUAACCCAGAGGAACACCAGGCGGUCAUGGACACUAUACCACAUUAGCCACAAUCUUGUAUGGCUUGGAUUUGCACAUUGGUGUUGGAGCCCGUCCAGCCCGCAGUCCAAUGAUACCAAUGAGUACCCAUGUGCCUCCUGAGCCAUGCUACCUGGCUAUGGAUUGUCUCCUCCCCUUGAUUUUCAGCCUCACCUCCAAGUGUUCCAUUGCAGAGGGGAGAGCUCUGACAUGUGGUUCCCAGGCUCAGUUGAGACCCAGGCUUUGAGCGACUCUCGGGAGGGAAGGCCUCUCCUGCGGCAGAAUCAGCAGGAGACAUUGGCGUUCAUUGAACUUCAACAGCCUAGCACUAAUGGUUUCCAAUCACACACACCAGAAAAGCAUAGUUCCUCUCCUUGCUCCAAGCCUGUCAGAUGCAAAGGAAACAGACCCUCUGACUUUGCCAAGAAUGGGAGUACAGACACAACACUGGACAAUUAUUUGACCCAGGACAGCAAUGAUGUGGAGGUGGCUCAGGAUCAGACAUGGACACCUAUUACUGAAGUACCUGAGACAGGUUAUGAAAAUUCUGAACCAGGAAUUAAGAGCCUCGGUUCUAGAGGAUUAUUUUUGCCUUUGUCCCCUACAUAUGUCUUGGGGGACAGGGACUCUUUGGACUCUCAGCAUCAGAGCUCCCCCUCUUCCCCCUCUUCCCCCUUAGAGUUCCAAAGUCCAGACCCAUUUUGCCUACAGAGACGCACCUCAAUGGGAUCUUUAAAGGAGAAGUCCGUACGGCGCAAGAUGAGAGUGUACUCGCCAGACAUCCUGAGCGAUAGGUCUCUCAGCAGCCCAGGCCUGGAGUGUGACUACAUGCUCCCGGGAUCCUUUGAAUCAUUCGUAGAAGGGGGACUCAGCAUGGUGGGAUGUACCAUACCCACAUCUCAGAGUUCCAGCCCUCUCCCAAAUCUAGAUGAAGACUUCUCCAUACCAACUCCUCCAAAACCCUCCUUAGAUCCCUCUCAGGAGGUUUCCAGAUUGGAGGUGGGUGUAAAUGAUGAGGGCAGGCAGAGUCUAGGCCUGGAGGACUGUGGGGCUCUGGAAGUUUCUGCACCCAACAAUGGGACCUUGCCGCCUCUCUCCCGUUCCCGCUCAGCAGACAACGAGCGCAGGCGCUUCUCUGCUUCUGAGCUCAUCUCCCGUCUGCAACUUUCCCAGAGGAAAAACUCCUUUACCCUUAAGCUGGGAAAGUCCCUCUCUGCUCGAGUGGCCUCGCGGGACCGCCACCUGUCUGGAAACCUCAGCCCAGACUACAAACCCAACUCCAGACAGCGCUUCUCAGGGGGAUCAAGUGACAGUGCACCACAUAGUCCUGUGGGGUCUGCACCACCACUGCCCUCUUCUGACUGUAAUCUGCCACUACACCGGAGGAGUUCCAAGCAGAGUAUGAGAAAGGUUUCCAUUGAUGAAGAUGCAGACAGUCCUCCCAGUAGCUUUAAACGCCUAUCACGCUUCCUGCCAAACUUGAUUUUGUAUCAGGAAUACAGUGACGUUGCUAUUAACAGAGAGAUACAGAGGCAGCAGGGGUCGGAGCCUGGAACUGAUGAUGAAAGAGGGGAAUCUGUGUCCCCUGGCAACCUUUCUCCAUCCAGUUCAUUCUGCUCAUCACGAGGCUCCACCUUCUCUCUUUGGCAGGAUAUUCCUGAUGUUCGGAUGAGUGGACAACUGGACAACUUCAGCAAUGAAGAGCGCAAACUCCAGGAGGCCAAGUUUGAGUUGGUGACAUCAGAGGCCUCAUACAUACGAAGCCUGUCUAUUGCGGUCGACCAUUUUAUGAUGUCUCCUGAGCUGUGUGAAUGUCUUGGGAACCAGGAGAGGCAGUGGCUCUUCUCCAAACUUCCUGAUGUGAAAGAAGUCAGUGAGAGGUUUCUUCAAGAUCUGGAGCAUAGGUUAGAAGGGGACAUUUUGCGUUUUGACGUGUGUGACAUUGUCCUUGGACACUGUCCAGCACUGCGGAGGGUUUAUCUGCCCUAUGUCACCAAUCAAGCCUAUCAGGAAAAGACCUAUCAGCGGCUCUUACAAGAGAAUCCUCGUUUCCCUGGAAUCCUUGCCCGUCUGGAAGAGGACCCCAUAUGCCAGAGGCUGCCUCUUACAUCAUUCCUUAUCCUUCCUUUUCAAAGGAUCACACGCCUAAAAAUGCUGGUGGAGAAUAUCUUGAAGAGAACAACUCCUGGAUCUCGGGAUGAGGACACUGCCACCAAAGCUCUAAAUGAGCUGAAAAAGAUUAUAAAGGAAUGUAACUCCAGUGUGCAGUCCAUGAAGAGGAUGGAAGAACUAAUUCAUCUAAAUAAGAAAAUUCACUUUGAGGGCAAGAUUUUCCCACUCAUCUCUCAGUCUCGCUGGCUGGUCAAACACGGGGAACUUUUAGAGGUGGACACACAGAACUUGAGUAUAUCUGGGUCAAAAUUUAAACUUACCACUCGACCUGUGUACCUCCACCUAUUUAAUGACUGCCUUCUGCUGUCCAGAAAGAAAGAUACAUGGAAGUUCAUGGUGUUUGUACAUGCAAAGAUUGAAGACCUCAAGGUGAAAGACCUAAGCCAGAAGCUUCAGGGAAUAUCAGGCUUCAUCUUCUAUCUGCAGUUAUGUGAGGGACAACAGCUAAAGCACCAGAUCCUGCUCAAGUCAUCCACAGAGAGCAGCAAGCAGAGAUGGAUCACGGCCAUGUUUCCCUCUGAUCCAAAGACAGCUAUUGAGCAGACCAAUGAGAAUGAUGAUCUAUCUCAGGUCCAGUGCAUUAAGAGCUACCAGGCUCAGGAGCAUGAUGAGUUAACGCUGGAGAAGGCAGACAUCCUUCAAGCUAUAACAAUUACUAGUGAUGGGUGGGUAGAGGGAAUCCGUAUGUCGGAUGGAGAGAGGGGCUGGUUCCCCAAAACUUACGUGGAGGAGAUCACAAGCCGCAGUGCUCGUUUGCGAAACCUCCGUGAGAACAUUCGCAUUAAAUGUGUCUCUCAAAAAUUAGAGGGAGAGACAAUUUAAGACACUGAAGUAUGGUCUAUUCUUUUACUUAAAGCUUAUUCUGCUUUACCAAAGCAGAGUAAAUUUGUUAAAUUGAGUCAUUGCGCAUUUCCAGGCAUAUUUAAAAUGUCCGUGGCUUAUAUUAUAGCUAUAAUAAAUUAUACUGUAAACAUCUUCUCAAAUGUAUUGUAAAUGGGAAAAUAAAGCUAUGCAUUGCAUUUUUGAAUAAAAAUAAUGGAGGACUUGAAGUGCCACAUAAAAGAAAUCGAAGGAAUCAAUUAGUAAUUUAAUAUUUUUUUUAAAUAAAAUGUAAAUAAAUUCCUUUGCAAAUUCACAAAUAAAUAUAAAUAAGUUAAAAGACUGAAAAUUUGGUAUAUAUAUAUAUAUAUAUAUAUAUAUAUAUAUAUAUAUAUAUAUAUAUAUAUACAGUACUGUGCAAAAUUCUUAGGUACAUAAGAAUUACCUAAGAUUUUUCACAAAAGCAUUUGUCUUAAGAUGGUUAUUUAUAUCUUCAGCUUUAGUGUGUCAAUAGGAAAUAUAAAUGUUAGACUCCCAAACAUUAUUUUUGCAAACAGAAAAAAUUUGAACAGAAGAACAGGGAGCCCUGCAACAGUGUCAUGGCCCCCACAGAGCCCCCCACUGAACAUCGAGUCAGUCUGAGAUUACAUAAAGAGACAGAAGCAUUUGAGACAGCCUAAAUAGAUAGAAGAACUGUGGCGAAUUCUCCAAGAAGCUUGGAACAUCCUAUCUGCCAAUAACCAUGAAAAACUGUGUCCAGGUGUACCUAGGAGAAUCAGUGCUGUUUUAAAGGCAAAGGUGGUCACACCGAAUAUUGAUUUAGCUUUUUUAUGUUUACUGGACUUUGUAUGACAUUAAGUGAUAAAUGAAAACUAUUUGUGUCAUUAUUUUUGAAGACAUCCUCACUAUGCAAAAUUUUUCACAAGUGCCUAAAAC